GGCAGACUUUGAUACCCAGUGAACGUGUAAGCGUCGAGCACGUCAAAGUCGCAGAUCUUGGUCUGUCUUCUUCUCCUUCUCCUUCCCUUCCCCUCCCCCUUCGUUUGCGAGCUAAGUGGGAGAUCUGCAGAGUUUUCGAUGUGAUGCUGUGAGUGAUGACAUCCAGUAGUCAGGAAGCAGGCUUCAUGCCUGCAGCAGAUCUGCAGCUCGACAUGCAUCAGAGACCGACAGCAGCCGCGGCACUUCCCGAGGAGCCGGACAUCAAACGGAUGCGGCUUGACGAUGGGGCGGCACGGGAAACAUCAGGUCCUCUUCAUACAAACACGCCCUGCCCGCAGCAAGAGAGAAAGCAUGCAUGACCUCAUGGUUGCGUUGGGCUUGUUGCUGUGUGUUUGCUUUCAGGUUUGGGCAUCGGGUUGCCUGCUUUGGACUCCGACAAGAGCCUCGGCGAGGCGUUCGGUCUUCCCCCGCCCGACAGCCUCACUGCCAACAGGAGGUCGGCUUCCCCCUCACCCGCCCCUGUCGACCCCCUUUUGCCAAUCGAGGCCAACUUCGGUCAGCACACACACACACACACACACACACGGUUAGACAGACGGAGAGGGGCAUGGACCUUUGAUGCAUCUCUGUGCUCGUCGGUUCGUUCUGUGCGUCAGGGAGGAUGUCGCCUCCAUCCCUUCCUGAGGAUGGUCUGGGCGGCCGGUUGCAGCCUCCCUCCGACCCCCACGGAGGCAUGAUGCACAUUGCCAGCAUGAGCAGCAACCAACAUAUGCCCAGCCACUCGGCUGCAUUCCCUUCACCACAUGCGGCCGACACCAGCGGCUUCACCAACCCAUCAGUGUUCCCGCCCCAAUCACACAACAGCCCUCACAGCAGUGCGGCGAUGCAGGCGCGGUCAUCAUAUCCGGCCGCCCUCUCGACGUUGCCUCCAAACCCGACCACUCCGCCAGUCGCAUCGCAGCUCUGUGGUCAAUCUGUGCCACGGACCGAUGCACUGGGCGGCAUGGUGGAUGGAGGCCAGCUCUUCCGACCGCAGCAGCAUGGAGUGCCGGACGGCCAUAGCUUCCCGCCUCACUCGGAGGCGCCACCCGUGGGUCGGCCGUCCCCGUUCCCUCCUCCACCCAUGUGUGGUAGUCCGGAAAUGCCGCCCUAUUCAUCCGAUUUCCGGUCGCCGCCGACCCAGAUAGCGUGUCACCCCCAGACCGACCACAACAUGUCCGUGUUCGCCAACUGCAACAACCCAGCCCCGGCCAUGAACACCGAUGCAUUCUUCAGCGGGCUGCCGGCAGAGCAAGUGCCGCCCCCAUUAUCGUUCAGCAGCCAGGCGAUGUCCCCUCCGGGCUCCCGUGGCGGCGGUCAGAUCGGUGGCGAGGCGUACGGCUCAUGGCAGCCCCCUCCCAUUGCGUCGCGUGCGGCCCCUCCCCCCGUGGCGCCAGUCAUGACACCAGCCAUGCCGGCGGCACACGAGUCGUCAUUGUGUGGCCGUGCAGUCGACGUGCCGCCGCCCGAGUACAUGAUGGGUGACUCGGGGAUGUGCGCAUCCAUCGGCGGCCCUGCCAGCGGCAUGGCGACCAUGGGCGGCGCCGCUCUGUCCGUCUGUCCUUUCAGCAGUGCGGGCAUGGUGGGCGGUGGCCUUCCUUUGUCGCCCGCCAUGCUGUCACCGCAGGGGCAAAUAGGGGCCAGGAGAGCCAACAAGCGCUUCAACUGGUCGGAGCCCCUCCAUGCCAUGUGAGCAGAUGGAACACACAGCAAGCAAGCAAGAGAGAGACGAUCCACUGGUCUGUUUACGUGUGUCCCUUAUGUGUUGUUGCAGCUUCUUGGAGGGCGUUGCGCAUGCGGGCGGCAUCAACGACUGCACGCCUCAGAAGAUACUGGGGUACAUGCAGAUGGCGACUCAGGAGGGCCGCGUCCCGCCGGACAUCGUCAUCACCCGCAACCACGUGGCCAGCCACCUGCAGAAGCACCGCAUGAGGAUGGCCAAACUAGAGGAGGAACAAACCGCGCACGAGGGGGGCGGGGGCCGUGCGAGUGGCGGUGGUGGCGGAGACCGACACAACGGUGACCGAGACGAAGAAGAGGAGUCGGUGGUUGAUGACGAUGACGACGAGGCGGCGUCGCCUGCUGGGGGUGGGGGCGACGGCAGGACUUACCUCUGCACCAGUGCCAACCUGAUCAAGCUGGAGGGCGUCACCAUGAAGGUCGACCCCCCAGACGCUCCGGCGGCGCGCAAACCAGCUGUCGCUGUCGCCAUAUCCGCCAUCGCAGGUACAGUACCCACACACGCGCGCACAUGUGUAUCUACCACAUCCAGAAUACGUCAUUUGGCCGUCUGUCCACACACAUCACGCAGAGAUGGCUGUUGGUCUUGAGGGGGAUGACAAGAAGGGCACUGCGGAUGAGGAGGAGGCCGAGGCGGGUGGUGACACCGACAAGUUCGUCGAGUCGCAGCCAGCUGCGGCUGCGGCCGGUGGUGGUGGUAGUGGGGAUAGUGAGGGCAGCGACUCGUCGACGUCCAAUCGUCGUGAGGCUGGCGUGGAGCCCUCGACGGGCGACGUCGCCAUAGGGCCCGUCACACUCUGUGGAGGCGAAGCCACAGCCAAAGCGGUCAGUCAGUCAGUCAGCCAAGACAAACCAUCAGAGCACAGCCCACUGCGACAGUUAGAGGAGGUAGCGUGCACGUGCUAUGUCUGUUCUGUGUGUGCAGCGUCUGCUUCUGGAUGCGGCUGCGUCGCUGCAGCGCAAGGCAGCGCAGGUCGUGGUGGACCAGCAGGCAGCCGUCACCGACGAGGCCGACGAGGUGGCCGAGGGCCUCCAGCGCAUUAUCGAGAACACACUGCCGCAGGAGGAGGGCGCCCCGGCUGCAGCGGCCGCAGCAGCAGCAUCGGAGGACGCCCCUGGCCCACCUCUCGCGACCAUGCCGGCCGCCAUAGCUCGUCGGGCAUCUGACGAGGGGUCGAAUCCGGCUGGCGGUGAUGCCACAGAUGCGGAGCAGCUGCAGAACCAGUCGGAGAUGCUCGUUAUCAAGGCCACCAUCAUCAAACAGCAAAGCGAUAAGGUGAGAGUGGAAGGGGACAACACAGACAGACGUCGACGCUCUUUCCUCUCUCUGUGUGGGUGUGGUGGCUGUGCGCAGGUGUGUGAGUUGCAGGCGAACCAGGAGAUGUUGGAGCGUGUGGCGGACAUGGCUGACGCACCGAAGCAAGACGAGCUCAGGCCCGCCAGCUAAGGGCGACGAAGGGGGGGUGGUAUUUAUUUGUCUGUUCGGAGUCAGGUCAGCGAACGAGAGGCUGCGUUGGGAUGGGGUGGGAUGGGAUGGGGAGGUAUGGCUGCAAUGACUGACUGACUGACUGACUGUCUGACUGGCGGCAUGUGUAUGUCCCUUGGACGGCUGGCUGGAUGAAUGGAUGGAUGGAUGGAUGGAUGAACGGAUGAGGCUGGAGGGAAGAAGCGACGGAGGGAGGGAGGGAGGGGGAGCAUUGGAGAGGUAUGGGCGGAUGGUGUGGCUGAUUGCACCCUUAUGACAACUUACUCCCGCGUGGCUGGCUGUAUGGAUGAAGGGCUGGAUGGUGUGUGUCAUGUCGCUGCCGGCAUGCCUGCCUGCCCUGCCCGUCCCCCACACUCACUCGUGACUUUUGUAUCAGAGUGGGGUCAGUCAAUCGGUUCGCGCUCACCAGGCAGGUCGUGGCUGACACCUCGUUCGCUUCAGCAGAUAGGCAGACCGGCGAGGUGUCGACCGUGAUUUGAGGGCGAGCAGACGGAGGGUGCGGCUGGUAGCGGCUGCUAGCAGCUGCGGUGACUUGAAGAGAGUUAGAUUUAGAGUGAAUGGAUGCUGUUGCCUCCCAUAUACGAGUGAGUGUCGUCCCCACCCGGCCCCCGGCGCCUCUAUCUACCUCUCCGCCGCUGCUGGCGGAGACUGACUGACAUACACACAUAACUGACAUGUAUGGAUGGAUAAGCACCUUCCUGCCUGCCUUCUUCCCUCCUCCCUCUCCCGGUCUGUCUGUCUGUCUGUGUUGCGUGGCUGCUAUUAUUCCCAUGAUGAAUGGAUGGAUGGAUGGAUGGAUGCCCCUGUCAGUUCGGAUCGGAUUUGCGCAUGGUGUACCCUAUGCAUGCGGGGACGGGCGGCCGGAUGGCUGGCUGGAUGGCUAACGGAUGAGCAAUGGGUGAGACCAGCUCCACGUUUUCCACCGAUGGGAUCCACUGCAGACAGCUGCGGCUGCCUUUUUGAUGGCUUAGGUGAGGCGCACCAAUGCUCUUGGCUUGAUGGCUAAUGAAUGAUACGAACUGCAUUGGCUAUGCUGGUUGACUGUACACUGACUGCAUAUGUCCUAUUUUAAGUGUCGAGGCCUAGUUUGGAGCCCAUUGGAUGGGAGGAUGAAUAUAUAUGUGGAGGCCUAGACACGACGGACAGACAGACAGACACCUUCGUUUUGCACACACUACCGACUGCAUCAAUCAACGAGCGCGUACAUGUGCAUGCCAUGCCAACUCACUCCCACUUCCCCUUACUGAUACAGUUAUAAACGCGAGAGCCCCAGAGGCCCCCCACCUCGCCCCACGCCCCCGCCCACCAGACACCUUUUUUGCACCCCCCGCCCUCUUACCUUCCCUCGCUCUUCUGCUCCCUUCUUUCCGUCCUUCCUCACUUGUCCCUGUCUAUCUCACACUACUCACUCGUCCUACCUGCACCGCACCCAAUGCAGACAUACGUUUCCUGUCUCGCCUUGCCUUGCCGGUCCUGCCCUGCCCUGCCCCACACAUGCCGUGCUGUCUUCCUGCAUGGCAUGUGUGCAUGGGAUGGGGCUGCCGGCGUUGAAUGCUUCGUAUAUGAAUGAGUGAGUGACACUAUUCUGAGCAUGGAUGAGGAAAUCGCCGCGAGUAGCUAGCUAGCUGGGUGGGGUGGAGUGGGAUGGAGCGCGAUGAAGUCGACACAGACAUAGCACCGAGAAGGGAGGGAGGGAGGGAGGGACACGGGCAGCUAUUUUGUUGGUGCGAGUUCUAGUGUUUUGUUGGUGCGAGUUCUAGUGUUCGGUCACACCCACACCCAAACCCACACCACACCACACAACACUACACCAUUACACACACACACACACAUCAUUCGACGGGCGGGCGUAUCAACGGUGUUUUGAACAGCCUGGUGUGAAGGUGAGUUAGUCGACUGCAUAUGUGGAUGGAUGGAAGCAUAGAUGGAUGGAGGCAGGUGGCCAUGGUUGGUACCUACUGAUGCGUCCGUCCAUGCAUCACCUGAGUGAGUGAUUGGUGUACGGUGGCCGAUCCGAUGGAUGGAUGCUAUCAUUGAUCGAUUUGUUGAUGCGACAGAUAGAUAGAUUGCCCUUGGUGGUGUGGUGUGGUGUGUGGUGUCCCAUCCGUGCAGUCUGUGCUGUGUUGUGAGUGAGUGAGCUAUGAGUGUAUUGUCGCUGAGUGCGUGAGGGGUGGCCCUGAGUCAAUGAGUGAAUGAAUGUGUGGAAAACGAUGAGCUGAGUACGGAUUUCGGACGUACGUACGGAGGGAGGCAUUUGCAAGUGGACAUAAUGGAUGGAUCUGGAUGGAUGGAUGGAUGGACAAAUGGAUCAAUCAAUCGGUGCGAGCAUAGUGCAAGUCAGUGAAAGGCAAGGCAAGCACCGGUGACCCA